AGCUGAUGCCCCAACAUUCAGCUUCUGCCAACAGGAGGGACGCAAGAGGAAGAAAAUCAUCCUUUCAGUUCCAUCACACAGUGAGGAAGAGGAGGAGCCAGCCGAGUGAGAUAGUGAUGCUCCCCCCAGCAGGUGCCAACAAGUGAGAGGUAGCCGAGAGAGCGAGGAGGACGCAGGACAUGGAGAAGAGUCAGUGAGAGAAGACACCCAGAGCUCUGAGAGGUACCCAACAGUCUGCGUACAUUUAAAGUCGUCCUGCUGCAGUUUUUUCUCGUCAGUCGUCUCUGCCACCAUGCUGUUUCCUGUGCUGCUCUGUGCCGCUCUGCUUCUCUUCACACCGCUGGAGAUGACAGAGGCUCGCGCUCUGCACCCUUCUCCUGAAGCCGCGCAGUUCAUGGAGCAGUUUCUGGAGCGCUACAAUGACCUUUUGACCCUGGACGACCUGGAGAACCUCUUGAACAGCCCUCCGGAGGAGCAGUCUACCUUGUCCUCGGGGGCCAAAGCAGCUGAGUAUCCUAAAUGGGCUGACACACAAACGCAAGCUGAGACCCCCUGGCUGCGUCUGCUGAAGGGGGCUCUGGCCAAUCAGAAGCGAGCAGAGCCGGACCGGUCACGGAGGGGAUGGAACCGAGGAUGCUUUGGGCUCAAACUGGAUCGGAUUGGGUCCAUGAGCGGACUGGGCUGUUAGUGAGUAGGAAAACGGGACUGAUGGCAUCCUUCUUAGAGUAUCAUAAGGAAAAAACAAA